UCUACACCCAUGAACAAACACCAAGCUGCUGUGCGUGACAAGAAGUGAACUUUCACUUCAGGCGUACGUCUUUCUCUACAGCACUGGGUUUCUAUUGUAGGAAAACUUUAAACUGUAUCCUAUAAAUCCUGACUGCGAGUCCUAACACGACAAAAUGGGGAAAGUGAACGUCUGUGUGAAACGGAGUUACAUCACUGUGAUCAGUCUGAUUGGGAUUGCCUGUGUGCUGCUGUUGGCCGCCACCCUGUUUACCCAUGGAUACGUACACAGAGAUGAAAAGCUAGACGAGGUGAUGGCAGUCCUUCAUACCCUGUAUAUUUUCUCCAUCAUAACUCUGAUUUUGACCAUCAUUGGUCUGUAUGGUGCCUGCAAAGAGAAGAAGUGGGCCCUUAUAGUGUUUGCAGUUGGAUUGAUCCUGAGCAGUCUAUUCAUGCUUGUAAAUCUAAUCUAUGGACUGGCCAUGCAACCAAAGAUGGUUGAAGAAAUGAAGAAGCAAUACCUGAAAAUGCUGCCGCUGAAUAAUGCUAGUGAGAUUUUUGUAGAGAUUUUCAAGGAUACACAGAUGGAAUAUCAGUGUUGUGGACUGGAUAAGGGCUACCUGGACUGGGGCUACAACAUCUCAGAAUCCUGCUUGUGCACACAAGAGUCCACUCGUCCAUGUGUGGCAGCUCCUAAGGACAGCAGUCUGUAUGAGCACAGGGUCAAUGACCAGCCCAUCAUGGUUUAUGAAGAGUCAUGCCUUCCAUACUUGAUUGAGGGUAUGAUGUCAGCCAUGAAUAUUGGAUUCAGUAUAAACCUGGCAAUCACAUCAUUCUGGGUAUUGUCAGUGGUGCUAUGUAUCAUCAUCUUAUGUCAGCUGUAUAAGAAGGAAGACACUCCUGCAGUAGUCUACAGUCAGGAGGCAAAGGCAGGCAACUACACCGUUCUGAUACACCCUGCAGAGGACACCUAACCAGGAUACAACAAGGAUUCAGGGUUUUUAUGAUGUUUGAAUGUACUGCCUUCAACAAGUGAAGCUGCAUGUAAAUAAUUGUACAUUUCUUUCUGUU